CGCUUUUGGGUUCACCCUCCAGUCGUCUCCAUUAGGUGAGAACCGUGAGUGAAAAAAAUCAGAACUUGUUGGCAGAUCUCAAAUGCAACGAUUUCAUUUGAAUUUGGCUGAAAAAUGGUUUAAUUUAGUAGAUUUGAACUGAAGAAGAGAAGUCUCAUGGCGGUUCCAGUGGAGGAAGCCAUUGCAGCACUAUCAACUUUCUCAUUGGAGGAUGACCAACCAGAGGUUCAAGGACCCGCUGUUUGGAUCUCCACUGAAAGAGGUGCAACCCAGAGUCCAAUUGAGUACACUGAUGUUUCUGCAUACCGUCUCUCUCUAUCGGAAGACACCAAAGCUCUUAAUCAGCUGAAUAGCCUUAUUCAAGAAGGGAAAGAGAUGGCGUCAGUACUUUAUACAUAUCGCAGUUGUGUUAAAGCUCUUCCUCAGCUUCCUGAUUCUAUGAAACAAAGUCAAGCUGACUUGUAUUUAGAAACUUAUCAAGUGCUUGACUUGGAGAUGAGUCGUUUGCGUGAAAUUCAGAGAUGGCAGGCGUCAGCUGCAUCCAAACUAGCAGCUGAUAUGCAACGCUUUUCUAGGCCUGAGCGGCGCAUCAAUGGCCCUACAAUAACUCAUCUCUGGUCUAUGUUGAAAUUACUAGAUGUGUUGGUGCAACUUGAUCAUCUUAAGAAUGCGAAAGCAAGCAUACCUAAUGAUUUCUCUUGGUAUAAGAGGACAUUUACUCAAGUCAGUGUCCAUUGGCAAGACACUGACUCAAUGAGGGAGGAGUUGGAUGAUUUACAGAUUUUCUUAAGCACGAGAUGGGCUAUUUUAUUGAACUUGCAUGUAGAGAUGUUCCGUGUGAACAAUGUAGAAGACAUUCUUCAAGUGCUCAUAGUCUUUGCUGUGGAGUCAUUAGAGUUGGAUUUUGCACUCCUGUUUCCAGAGCGGCAUAUUCUUCUUCGUGUUUUGCCUGUUCUAGUUGUCUUAGCUACCUCGUCAGAGAAAGAUAGCGAGUCACUGUAUAAAAGGGUGAAAAUCAAUAGACUGAUCAACAUAUUCAAGAAUGAUCCAGUCAUCCCUGCAUUCCCAGAUCUUCAUCUUUCUCCUGCUGCAAUCUUGAAGGAAUUAGCAAUGUACUUCCAAAAGUUUUCUACCCAAACUCGUCUUCUCACUCUCCCAUCACCUCAUGAGCUCCCACCACGAGAGGCACAAGAUUAUCAGAGACAUUACCUGAUCAUCAAUCACAUUGGAGCUAUUCGUUCUGAACAUGAUGAUUUCACUGUUCGUUUUGCUUUAUCCUUGAACCAGUUAUUGUUAUUGAAAUCAUCAGAUAGUGCAGAUGUUGAGUGGUGCAAAGAGGUUAAGGGAAACAUGUACGACAUGGUUGUUGAAGGUUUUCAGCUUUUAAGUAGAUGGACAGCACGGAUUUGGGAGCAAUGUGCAUGGAAAUUUUCUCGCCCUUGCAAAGUUUCAGUUCCUAUGGAAUCAUAUGAAGCUUCAGGUUCAUUUUCUGACUAUGAAAAGGUGGUACGAUAUAAUUACAGUGCAGAGGAAAGGAAAGGUCUAGUUGAACUUGUGAGCUACAUUAAGAGCAUUGGAUCAAUGAUGCAACGGUGUGAUACAUUGGUGGCUGAUGCUUUAUGGGAAACAAUCCAUGCUGAGGUUCAAGAUUUUGUGCAAAACACUUUAGCGACUAUGUUACGUACUACUUUCCGAAAGAAAAAGGACCUUUCUAGGAUUCUUUCUGAUAUGCGGACCCUUUCAGCAGACUGGAUGGCAAAUACGAGCAGACCUGAAUCUGACUUGCAACCUUUACAGCAUGGAGGUGAAGAAAGCAGAGGAACCUUCUUUCAUCCAAGGCCCGUUGCACCAACAUCGGCACAGGUGCAUUGCUUGCAGUUCCUGAUAUAUGAGGUGGUAUCUGGUGGCAAUCUGAGGAAGCCUGGGGGGCUCUUUGGAAAUAGUGGUUCUGAGAUUCCUGUUAAUGAUCUAAAACAGUUGGAAACCUUCUUCUAUAAGCUUAGCUUUUUCCUGCAUGUGCUGGACUAUACAGUGACUGUUGCAACUUUGACUGAUCUUGGUUUCCUAUGGUUUAGAGAAUUUUAUUUGGAGUCUUCUCGUGUUAUUCAGUUUCCCAUUGAAUGCUCUCUUCCCUGGAUGUUGGUGGAUCAUGUGUUAGAUUCCCAGAAUGCUGGUCUUCUUGAGAGUAUUCUGAUGCCAUUUGACAUCUAUAAUGAUUCUGCUCAACAAGCAUUGGUUGUGCUAAAGCAACGCUUCCUCUACGAUGAAAUUGAGGCUGAGGUGGACCAUUGUUUUGAUAUAUUUGUUUCAAAAUUAUGUGACAAUAUUUUCACAUACUACAAAAGUUGGGCUGCAAGUGAGCUACUUGAUCCAUCAUUCCUCUUUGCCUUGGACAAUGGAGAGAAAUAUUCUAUCCAACCUAUGAGGUUCACUGCACUGUUAAAAAUGACUAGAGUAAAGUUACUUGGGCGGACAAUUGAUUUAAGAAGUUUAAUUGCCGAACGCAUGAACAAAGUAUUCAGAGAGAACCUUGAAUUUCUCUUUGAUCGAUUUGAGUCCCAGGAUCUCUGUUGCAUUGUUGAAUUAGAAAAGCUCCUGGAUGUUUUAAAACACGCACAUGAAUUGUUGUCAAAAGAUCUUUUAAUGGAUGCAUUCAAUCUCAUGUUAAGUGAGAUGCAAGAGAAUAUAUCUCUUGUUUCAUAUUCAAGUCGACUUGCUUCGCAGAUUUGGAUGGAGAUGCGAAAUGAUUUCUUACCAAACUUCAUUCUUUGCAAUACUACUCAACGUUUUGUUCGGUCAUCAAAAGUGCCCUCUGUUCCUGUUCAAAGGCCAUCUGUUCCCUCUGCUAAGCCUAAUUUCUAUUGUGGCACUCAAGAUUUAAAUUCUGCACAUCAAACUUUUGCACAACUUCAUAGUGGGUUUUUUGGAAUGGCUCAUAUGUUUUCCAUUGUCAGACUUCUGGGGUCCAGAUCAUUGCCUUGGCUUAUCAGAGCUCUUCUUGAUCAUAUAUCAAACAAGAUAGCAACACUUGAACCGAUGAUUACAGGACUGCAAGAAGCAUUGCCAAAAUCUAUUGGACUGCUUCCUUUUGAUGGAGGUGUAACAGGUUGUAUGAGGCUUGUUAGAGAAAAUCUUAACUGGGCGUCGAAGCCAGAACUUAAAUGUGAGGUUCUUCGUGGAAUUAAGGAGAUCGGAAGUGUGCUAUAUUGGAUGGGGCUUCUUGAUAUUGUAUUGAGAGAAUUAGAUACUACACAUUUCAUGCAAACAGCACCUUGGUUGGGCUUGAUUCCUGGUGUAGAUGGACAAAUAUUGCAAGGUCAAGAUUGUGGAGACAGCCCUGUUGUCACCUUGUUUAAAUCUGCUACUGCUGCAAUUGUGUCAAAUCCUGGAUGCUUAGAUCCAACCUCUUUCCAUACCCUAUCAAAACAGGCAGAAGCUGCCGAUCUGUUGUGCAAGGCUAACAUGAAUACUGGGAGUGUGCUGGAAUAUGCCCUUGCUUUUACAAGUGCAGCCUUGGAUAAAUAUUGCAGUAAAUGGAGUGCUGCUCCAAAGACUGGGUUCCUUGACAUCACUACUUCAAAGGACUUCUAUCGUAUAUUCAGUGGCCUUCAGAUUGGACACCUGGAGGAGUCUGUUCAAUUACCACCAAACAACCAUGAAAUAUUGGGUGAUUCUGUUGCUUGGGGUGGUUGUACUAUAAUAUACUUGCUUGGACAACAGCUGCAUUUUGAGCUGUUUGACUUUUCAUAUCAAGUUCUCAAUGUUGCAGAAGUGGAGGUUGCAGCACUCAUACAAACACAUAAGAAUCCUCAUCUUGCCCAGGGGUGGGAAUGCCUAUUAGAGGCUAUGAAGAAAGCAAGGAGGUUAAACAAUCACGUCUUCUCCAUGCUGAAAGCGCGGUGCCCCCUGGAAGACAAGGUGGCAUGUGCUAUUAAGCAAAGUGGCGCCCCUCUGCACCGCAUCAAAUUUGAAAACACCGUUUCUGCAUUUGAAACAUUGCCCCAGAAAGGUGUCUGAACCAGUAGAUUGAUUUCUGUUUGUAAUAUUAGUAAUGUUAAUUCCCUAAGAGUGGUAUAAUCUGCUGAGGUGGAAGACACUUUAUCUCUUAAGAGCUGAGAUUCAUGUUGUUUGUUUCUAAAUGUAUAUUCUUUACUGAGGCAACUUCUGUUUUUCAGAUGGAAAUGAAAAUUUGUACACACUGCACUUUGAUGACAAGAUAUAAUUUCUUUUCUUGGAUUUUGAA